CGUAUGGUGAAUUAUUGAUCCGCGGCGGCGUGUGCGUGCGGAAAAACCGCGCGAGUAAAAGAGACGAAUUCGCGGAGGAUAGGAAAAAGAGUCGGACGAAGGAAACGGAGGAAACGUUAAGAGAUACAUACGUACUAUAUAGUACCGGCUUGGCGUACCGGUGUCGUUGUUUUCAAAACUGUGCGCGCGCGAACACGCACUUCGUUCGCGACCGCGGCGAUACAUAACACGAACUCGUACUUGUUCUCCGGUUUGGAGGUGGAGCGUCGGUGCCAGCGACGGAUUUUCUUUCUCCUAGCCAGGACCAAACCAAGUGUUCGCACGUACUCCGUUCCUCUCGACUUUGUACGUGCGUCGACGUACUACCUACAUACGCGUCUGUCUUUCUCCCCUUUCCUGUCAUUCUCGCGCGAUCUCUUUCUCUUUCUCUUUCGCUCUCUACCUCUGCCUCCGUUCCCCGCUCUUUCUCCGCUCGGUACUCGCGUGUUAUAUGUGUGUGUGCGUUUCUCUCCGUCUCACUCUGGCCGCGUUACCGUCGCCGCGUGUGCGUCAACAAAACUAAACGCGGGAAAAGCUCCGCGCGAAAUAUAUCCGCGGGGAAUGUAGACGGUGUUUAGCGCGUUACGCGGUGCGUUUUCGAUGCUCGGCCAGUGAGUGCCCAGUGCAGAGAUACGGGAACGGAUAUUUCGACCAUCGGACCGAGAAAAGUUUUGAGCGGGAAGCGUUGUCGUCGUCGUAAGACGACGGCGACCACGAUCGCGACGACGACACCCAUCACGAUAAACCUUCGAGGAACUUAAACACGCCACGCUGGUGUUGUCUUUCUCGCGCUCUUUCGCCUCUUGAUAAUCCAGGACAAGCAAACCCUUCCUUCGCCGCCGCGACUUGGAUGGAUACUGUGCAUUAUUUCUGGAGUGUAUGCACUCGAGUGUCGAGCGUGCAACGAGGGUGGCGCGGAGAGAGAGGGAGAGGAGGAAACGGGGGAACGGGUCUCGACGGUUCUGACGUGUUCGCGCACACGAGCGCCGCGGGCCGAGAGAGACGGACCGAUCCAUGAUAAGCGAAGAGGAACGGAGAGGGACGGCUCGUGCUCGGAGAGAGGAAGAGAACCGGAAUGGCGGAGGAUGAGCCAUUCGGAGCGAGAGGCAUACACAGGUGCACCCACGUCGCUGUCAUCCUGACCUGCCCGAGAAAUCCUCAUGAAAGACUGGGAACUCAGUACUCAGAAUAGCAUCGGCAGUGCGGUGGCUGCAGCCGACACCAUUUCCGCGCCGUGGACUCCCGCGAGUUCCGGGCCGCCGCCCGACGCGAACGGCUCCGGCUCGGAUACCAAGAACCUCGACGUUGGCGAAAUUAGCGAUGACGAGAAGGACUUAUCGGCAGCAGACGCGGAGGGUGUAUGGUCGCCGGAUAUCGAGCAGAGUUUCCAGGAAGCUCUCACUAUAUAUCCGCCAUGCGGCCGACGCAAAAUCAUCCUGUCCGACGAAGGGAAGAUGUACGGCCGCAACGAGCUGAUUGCCCGCUACAUCAAACUGAGAACAGGCAAGACGAGAACGCGAAAGCAGGUCUCUUCGCACAUACAAGUCCUUGCUAGGAGAAAACUUCGUGAAAUGCAGGCAAAACUCAAAGUGGAUCAUGCCGCCAAGGAGAAGGCGCUCCAGACAAUGUCGAGCAUGUCGAGCGCCCAGAUAGUAUCAGCUGGGAGUGCGAUACACAACAAGAUGCCCCCCGCCCUCGUGGGGCCCCUUGCCCUUCACGCUUCCACCCCUAUCUCCUAUCCCGGAGCGCAAUUUUGGCCACCGGGUCUCCAGCCAGGAACGUCGCAAGAUGUCAAGCCGUUCUCGCAACCGGCGUACACCGGGAAACCGGCGACGGCAGUCUCGAGCGGUGACAUGGUCCAGGCUCAACCACCCCCGCCCUGGGAAGGACGUGCCAUCGCAACCCACAAGCUCAGACUUGUAGAGUUCUCGGCCUACAUGGAUCAGCAGAGAGACCAAGAUAUUUACCACAAACACCUGUUCGUCCAUAUAGGAGGAUCCGCGACUUACGCGGAUCCGCUGCUGGAGGCUGUUGAUGUUAGGCAGAUAUAUGACAAAUUCCCGGAGAAAAAGGGUGGCCUAAAGGAGCUCUACGACAAGGGACCCCAGGCAGCCUUUUUCCUUGUUAAAUUCUGGGCUGAUCUCAAUACGAACAUUCAGGACGAAGCUGGAGCCUUCUACGGGGUGACAAGCCAGUACGAAGGCAACGAGAACAUGACGAUAACGUGUUCGACCAAAGUCUGCUCUUUCGGAAAACAGGUGGUGGAGAAAGUAGAAACGGAAUACGCUAGGUUCGAAAAUGGCAGGUUCGUUUAUCGCAUUAGCCGUUCACCGAUGUGCGAGUACAUGAUCAACUUCAUACACAAAUUGAAGCACCUGCCGGAAAAGUACAUGAUGAACAGCGUUCUUGAGAAUUUCACUAUUCUCCAGGUUGUUACGAACAGGGAUACGCAGGAAACGUUACUGUGCACGGCAUACGUGUUCGAGGUGUCGACGUCCGAACACGGUGCACAACAUCAUAUAUACAGAUUGAUCAAGGACUAGCCUGCUUGAACCUGCUCGCCAUGCAGCCAUCCACCCCCAUCAGUGCCUACCAUCACAUAAAAAAAUCAUCCAUACGCGCAUAUACACGAUUACACACAAGAUAUAUUAACCCUUUGAAGUGCUGUGAUUAUCGUCUACGACCACACGUUAUUUUAAGUUUUUCUCAUUCUUAUUUCGCUCAAGGUUCAUUUUAUCCACGAUACCAUUAAUAUUGUACGAUAUAAUCUCUAUCGUGUAAAUAUAACAUUUACAAACGCUGAAUAUAAUAUUUAUAUUGCAUAUUGUGAUCGCAGAAUUAGUGGUUUUAGUCAACACGCGUAUCACGAAAACUAUCUUUUAUAAUUUCAAUUUCUUUUAUCAAGUGCUAGUAACUUAGCAUGCGGUUUGCUCGUAAAUGUACGCUUCAAAGGGUUAAGCGUGAAUACAUGAUUGUAAACACGUUCGGAUUAUAUAUAUAUAUAUAUAUAUAUGUAUACAUAUAUACACGUUUCACAACAACAUUUAACAGAGUUUCCGUCGAAAAUGUUCCACUGUCAAAAUAAAAAAGAAAACUGUCAGAUACUGUAGCGUCACAGAUUGUAUGUCUUUAUGUUAAACUUAGAUUCUCGUACACGCACUUAAUCUCCCCUUAACGCACUGAGGAUUUUGAGUCACAGUCAAAGUCACGUAUACUUGGAACUUGGACUCCAACUACGAUUUAUAGAAAGAAAAUAAACAAAAUUUAGGCCUUUAUAACGGUUAAAAUACCUGCUUUAAAAGUCUACGAGUACAUCUGAACUUGUUCAGAAUUUAUACAGCACCAGAAUACUUGGAAAACUAGAUGUAAGACACACCCAGUGCGUCGACGAAGGAUUAAGCAGUACUGUCUAAAUCCAGAAUGCGUUUAUUUUAAUUGAUCUGCGUUUUAACCAGAUUACAUAUUUUAUACGAUAUUCGAGAACAUUUUCUGUGAAACUCCUUAAUGAAAAUUUGAAACUUACAUAAACACACACACGUACACGUACACGUACUCGCACAUAAACAUUCACGUACACGUUAGAAGUACUGCCCAGCCCGAGCUUGAGUUUGAUUCAAAACUGAUAAAAGUUGUAUUAAACGAUUGGUACUCGUGUUUUAAUAUAUCAUGGAAAGAAUUUCCUGUACGUACUGCAGGAAGUACGUUCCAGAUUUCGGAAUUGUAAAUUUUAUAUUGAAGCAAAUAUACUCGUAUAUAUUUUAUGAAUAUUUCGUGAAUCGCUUACAAACGAAUCGAGAUCGUCGUGAUUUUAAUACAGAGAUAUAAUAAAAGUUAAGUUGAAAAUUGACAAUAAAUUUGGUAUGUGAAUGAUGCGUCGAUAAUAGUAUAUGUACCAAGAAAAUAAAUAAAAAAAAAGGAAAAAACAUAAAAAAAGAAACAGACUCUGAUCUCGGAAAGGCGUGGUACCAACAUAACUUAGUAUUAUAGUUUUAUUAUUAAACUAGGAAAUAGAUCAGACAAGACAUCCACACACAAAUAUACAUAUAUUACAUAUAAGAAUAUAUAUGUUAAAUAUUAAUGCAAUGAUUACAAUUUACAUUGUUAUAAAUGAUCGUGUAUAAAGUUAUCUAAGUGAUUUCUAAGUUUUAAACGAAAUGGAAGUUUAAUAGAGAGGUAUGCCAUUAUGAUUUCUUAAGUCUCCUUGGUUACAUUAUCAUUAUUAGAAUUUUUUGAUUAUCAAAAGCAAGCAAAGUCAAGAAUAACAUGGUAAAACGUUACACACCUUUCCUUAAACUUUUUGUUGUAGAACUGUUUUCUCUUUUUUAGCUAUAUUACGACAAACGCAAGAGUUUUCGCUGCAUAGCUUUUUAAUUCUCAAUGAUCAGAUGAAAGAAAAAAAACAAAAUGAGACAUUAGUCGUUGUUUUUUUUUACGUAUUUUUAAAGGGCAACCUUUUAAAUGUACUCACAGUUGCGCAAACCCACUCACUCUUAGGCAGCGACACUUAGAUUAGAGGGAUGUGUUUGUAUUUAUUUUAAUCACUUUCUUUCUCGUACUGUAAGAUCUUUUUUCUAUAGUUCUUAUGUGAAUGACUUUCUUACUAAGCGUAUUUCGUUUGUUUUUAUCUUUCUACUACAAUCGUGAAGCGAUACGUUUGAUUACACCGAUUGCACACAUUUGAUACGGACAACAUCCAUCAGAAAGUCGAAACAAAUGACAGAGAUUUUUCUUUGCAAUCCAAUCUUACAAUUUUCCGACUGGAUGAUGUUGAAGUUCGAGUAUACGCACCGGUUACUUGAACUUAAUUCUCCAUUUUUAAGAAAAACGACAAUUUAACAGCAUGAUUUCAUUGCAACUCGUUAAAUUUGAGCAUACUUUCAUGGGAAUCUUGCUUGAUAUUUGUUUCGUACUUAAUAUCAUUUUGAUCGACGAUUAUUUGAGAGUAGAGGGUCAUUAUUCUGCGAUUAAUUUUAAUUAGUCACAUCUCUCGCAGAAACUAUGCAUGUACAUCCAUAGAAAACGUUUAACGUAUUCUUUAAUCUGAUCAAUUGUAUGUUACAAAACAGGACUUGUCUAUAAGGCAGUGAAUAUUAAGAUAUACAGAAACGAUUCAUGUAUGUUUUAAGAAAAUAUUAAUAAUACUUAUUGUAUUCUUACUUUAAUUAACUUUUAUGCAACAAGUGGCAAUGUAUUUUGAUCUCUCUUUUAGUCAGAAAUAAUGUCGCUUUUUAUUUUGGGUGAGAAUUGAAUUUGCUAAGUGACUGACUGAAUAACGAAGGAACUUAUAUUUAAAUGAUAAUGUACAUGGCUUUCGUUCGAUAACUGGCAGCUUUCACAAUUUUUACUUAUUGUUACCUUUCUUUUUUUUUUUGUAAUAAUUGAUCAUAAGCGUUGUUUUUACAUAUUAUUAUCUAUACAUUGUAAUUUUGAAAAAUUCUGUGUAUAUUAAAGUGGAAUUGAAACCGUCGAGAUGUUCUCAUGUGACGUUGUUUAUAAAUUAAGUUAUUAUAUUUUUUUUAAAUAGUGAUCUUCUUCAACCAUUGGGAAAGGAGGGAAAAAUUAUUCAAUAAUGUACAUCGGAGAUUGUUGUAAUAGACGUUACUUUAUUUAAUUAUUCGGUAAUGAACGUCCAUCUCGAGGUUUUAAAUCGACUUGUAAUAAGGCGUUAUUAUUGAGAAAACAACAUAUUACGCAAUAUCUUUGAAACAUACUCAAAUCUUAUUUCAGUUACGCAAAGUUUUAUUUAAAAAAAAUUUUUGAAGGAGUAUGAAAUUGAAAAAAGGAGCACCGACACUAAUAUUAUUAACAUUAACGAAUAAUGAUUUUAAAGUAAGCGAAUUACAUUUAUAAGGAAAGAUUAUGAAAAUAUAUAUUUAUCUAUGUCUUCUGUGAAGAUAGAAAAUAGCACUCUCUCACUCUAUAUUGAUGAUAUCAGAAGAAAAUUGAAAUCCAAUAAAGAUACAAAUGCAGAAGUAGAUUAGGAGAAAAAAGAAGAAUUCGCACUGUACACAAAUACUAUGAUACGAUCAAUGAUGAACCGAAAUUUGUUAAAUAUCUUUGUACAUAUUUACAUAAACAUCAUCAAACGAAAAGUUCCAGUGACUACGUUUGUGUACUGUAUGAAGUAUUGCGAGAACAAAAAUUAUUUUACUUGUAAAUCGUAAAUUUGGUUCUAACUAUGAAAAUAAAACGAAAUAUUUUGUUUGUA